AUGGCGAGGCUCCGACUGCUUCCCAAUCCCAACGCCGAAGAUAGAGGACAUCCUCAGUCCAACUUUCAUCAUAUGGUUUCCAGAAUGGACGCAGGGUACUACUCGUAUCUAUACGCGGCAGUAUUCGCUGCAGACAUUUUCACCACAACUUUGAGGAAAAUCCUCGCAGCCAGGAACACCGACCUCGCCGCCGUCGUCGCAGAAAACGUCACAAGCUACAACGACACCUUUAGCCCCCCGACGUUGAACAUCAACCAGCUCUGGGACGCCAUCAUAACGCCCCAGAACGCCACCACGACGAACAGCACGCAGACGCCGACGUUCCUGCUGCACUCUUGCGACCAGAUUGCGUACAAUUGGCAGUAG